CACACCUUCAUAUUGCCUGAUACAAAAUUUCUCUCAUUCCAAAGAAGGUGCGCAUUGGCAUUACACCAAACAGGAUUACCAAGUCACGUGAAAUUACUACGCAUGCGCAUUAGUUAUGCGGGCAACGGCGACUUUCCUGUAAGCUGUACGCGGAUUGUAGUUCACUGCAAGACACUCUACAAUGGCAUUGCAAGGAGUUCGAACGAGCAGUGGCUCUUGCUUAGAAGAAGGCCGUCGCUUAAAAGAUUUGUUGGAGUGUAUACCUCGCACUACUGGCGUUUUCAAGACAACCAAACUGACUCUGACUUGCGUGGACGCUGCAGAUGAGUUACUCGUUAUUGGCUCCAACGCCGGAACAAUUUAUGUGUACGAGAAAAAUAGAAAACGAACAGGAGUGCUGCCAACACAAGGAAGGAGCAAUAGCAUUAGCUGCGUGAAACUGUGUGAGCCGAAACAGAGGGUUGCGUUUGGCUGCGUGUCCGGUGCUGUGUUCAUCUUCCAAUUUCAGUUGCAAGUAGGACAUAAAUUGAAGAUCUUGACUUUAAAUAAAGAUCAUUUGGGUAAUGUGACGUGCUUGGCUUGGCAUGGAGAUGGCGAGUUUCUCGUGUCUGGAGAUGAACAUGGAAAGGUGAACAUUUCCGCGGUUGACUUUGUAAAGAAUCGUUGUAUCGUUCGAUUACUACAUAAAGCUGAUUGUUCAAUUGUCCAAAUUUCUGCUGGAGUUGCUGAAGAUUGGAUAGUUGUGUCAACAAUGAAACGAUCCCUUCUUGUUUCCUCUCAACUUCAUCUCCGGAAAGAACCUAUUGCAAUUGGGCAGAAAGACAGAAAGAGUGGUCCUUUUGGGGCGUGUCUAUGGGGUAAUAGCAAGGAAGAGGUGUUGGUGUAUGUUGCAAGACCAGGAUUACGUCUGUGGAAAGCCAGCCUUUAUGGAAAGGUUUCUGCUACCUUGCAGUAUCGUGAUUUGUUGAGCUCUGGUCAGGGUCCAAUUAUUCAGAUGUAUUCUGUUCACUCGUCUCCUGUUAGGCAGUGUGUUGAUGGACAGUUCCACGGUCUCCACGUGUUGGCAGGCAAAUACAUAGUGACUCACUGUGACAACAUACUUUGGAUUCUUGACCCUGACAACAAUUCUGUCUUGGGUUGUCAUGGUAAUAUAGGCAAAAUUGUUGAUGUUGCUGCUACAAAGACAGAAAUUUUUGUGCUACGAGAAGAUGCAGAAUGUCCCAUCCUCAUGCUGACAUUUCACCCAAGUUUUUCAGAUGUCAAGCAAUCUUCAGUACAAGAAUCGCAAACAGAGAUAUCUAGCACAGAGAUAUCUAGCACAGAUAAGUCAAGAGAAGCAAUUGAAUUACAGCCAGCUAAGGAAGAAUCCUUUCAACUUCAGGUGACAGGUCAACUUACAACUAAUUUAUUGUCAGCAAGUGACGAGCAGCUACAGAAGGUUGAAGGAAGUUUGAAUCAAGAUGAGUUGCCUAGUCAGCAUCAAGAAGUAACGGUCAACAGUGGAGAGCAAGCAGAUGUUGAUGAAGUUGUGUUGCAAAGUCAAACUGGUGAGAAUGAGGAGAAACAUUGUGAUGAGGAGUCAUAUGCGGCAGAAAAAUUAAUGAAGCGUGAUAGUUUUUUUGAGAAAGCACUGAAACGUGAGAGAUUUGAACAGAUCAGUCAGUCGGUGUUUUCGGAUGAGAUUGUUUUCAAUCCAAAGAAGGAAAGGAAAAAGAAAAAGUCAAAACAACAGCAGAAAAAGAAAUCAAAAUCAACUUUAGCCUUAGCUACCAUUUUGCCUGAUGGUAGUGAAUAUGAUGGAAUUCGAGCAACGUCAACAGAACCAGACUUUUUGGCAGACACUGCUCACAGUGUUCCGGUAUCACGUGAUGGUUCACCUGAUAGUGGCCGAGAGGUUGCAUGUAAUGUGGAAAAUGAGAAUGUGAAGAUAACUGUUGAACAUUUUGAUCAACAAGAAACACUUGACAUGGUAUCAGUUGCAGCCCAUUAUAGUGGUAGAAAUAGUUUUGUGUCUCAUGCUAAUGGAGGGUUGAGCCCCGUGAUUAGGCAGAAGAGUCCAUGUGAUAUCAAGAGAUACGAGAGUCCCACUUACCAACAGAAUGCCGUAGGUGACUACCACAGUGGAAGGAGCAGUCCUGUUAGCCAGCUAGACAGGUUUAGUCCUGAUGAGGUCAAAGAGAAGGAAAGCCCUUGUGUUUCUCCUAUUGAUUACACAGAGGACAGUCCUGGAAGUACAGGAUGUAAUAGUCCUCUAACAGUAGGACAUACAGGUCAAGUAGCUGGAGAAGAACAUGUCAGUGAUGUAACAGACAUUGUAGGUGGUGCAAUGGUGGAUAUUGAAACUGGGCACACUGAUGAGUCUUCUUUGGAACAACAAAAGCGUGAUGUCACUACACUAUCGCAAGUUGAAAGGUCUGAUAAAGUUGCAGAGGUUCCACCUCCUGUGGUAUCAUCUAUCUAUGAUAAAUUCAAGUGGGAAGACUCCCUUUCAUCUUUAGUAACAGAAAAGGAGCAAGAUAAUGUUGAUGAUGAGAAGCCAGAAGGAAAGUCCACAGAGCAUGAGCAUUCGUCUUCAAUGGCAACGAUGACAUUCUCAGCCUAUGGAUCAUCAAUGGCAGUCACGUCAUCAUUGAGUCAGUCAGUAGCAAUGGUUGACUCAGGAGAUCAACGUUUGAUGGAUGGUUGGACUCCAUACCCUUACCCUAGCAAGUUUCAUAUUAACUGUGCUGCUCUGUCGAAGAAUCACGUAUUUGUAAUAGACAGUAGGGAUCGUACAUUUAUGGCCAAAGUAGGUGAAUCGAGUGGAAAAUGGAAGAAGAUUGAAGGUUAUUUCAAACAGAUAAGUGUUUCUCCGAAUGGACUGCACAUUUUGGGAGUAACAGGUCGAAGUCAUUUGUAUGUAAGACUUGGAGUAACAAGCUCUAACCCAUCUGGCAAGGGAUGGGAAAAAAUUGCUGAUGAAGUGGUAUGCAUUGCUGCUGAAGAUAAUCAAAUGUGGGCAUUGAGAAGAGAAGGGUCAGUGUUCUAUUCUGCUGUUAUUCCUAUUAGGGAGAGACAGAGACCACGGUGGGCCUCCUUGGAAAAUGCUUUAGGUCUGGCACAAUCAUUUGUUCAGGUGACUGCUUGUAAGGGUGUUGUAUGGGCACGAGACAAGUCAGGAUUAGUGUACUACAGAGCUGGCAUUAGUACCACACAACGGCAAGGAAAUCGAUGGAAAUUAAUGGACGAUCAACUUCAAUGUACUCACAUCUGCUUGGGAGGUCACCAGGCAGGCUGGGCAGUGAGCAGUAGUGGUACAGUUUUGUUUAAGCAUGGAGUAACAACAGAUAAGCCAGCUGGAGAGCCAAGAUGGUGGGAAAUUGUACUUAGUGAUUAUCGUGUUGAAGAUUUGUCAUUGAUAAACUCAUUGUUGUCAUGGGUCAGACCUGCUGAUUCUUCUCUCAAGCUAGUUGUGGCUAAUGCUGAUGCUGGGGUUUGUGUAUUGACAGGCAGUAGUAGUAUACACAUAUCCAAUACAGCUCUGUUGGGUAACCGUUAUGAGAUGGUCAAUAUACAGGGCAUUCCUCAGUCUGCCAGCAAUUGGUUGUGUGUUGCUGCUGGUUCUCUCAGCUCUCCAGAAACUGGUGUAGUGUGGGCCGUACGACGUAAUGGAGAAAUCUUCUGUCUUCCACCAACUGCUCGACCGUUCUCAAUAGAUCCUCCUAGUUCUAAAAAGGUGACAUUGUUGACUGCAUCUGAAGUUGCUCUGUGGGCUCUUGUUGGCAAUAGGGUGAUGGUAAGAGAAGGCAUCAACUCGUAUUGUCCUGCAGGAAUAUCGUGGACAAAAGCUGAUACAACUACAAUGAAUCAUUCACCUGUGACAUGGUUGUCUUGUGGCAUGACGACUGUGUGGGCUAUUGAUCAAGCAGGACGAGUUUGGCUUAGACUUGUUACUAAUCCUUCUCAACAUGCUCACUCUAGUCCUGUGUGGUUGGAGAUUGAAGGUCGACUACUGUUAGGAUGUCCUCUUCAUCGUGUCGCUGUUGCUCCUGAUGAUAGUAUGGUGUGGGCAGUCGACACAAAAGGCAAUGUUUAUGUACGCACUGAAGUUUCAGAAAAAUUGCCUGCCGGUGGAGACUGGGAGUACGUAGCUGGAGCACAAGUGAAAGAACUAGUUGCAAGCAGAGUAUCUGUGUGGGCCAUCUCCCUGUCUGGAGAGAUGUUGUGUCGCUUCGGUAUCUCACAAUCUAACUGCUUGGGAGAUUACUGGAAGAAAGUAGUCGGGACUUUCAAUCAAAUUAGUGUUACCUCAUUUGACCAGUUGUGGGGUGUUGAUAAAGAUGGUCAAAUGUUUUCUAGACACACCAAUGCAUAUAUGGGCAGUCAGGUUGCUCUUAGCAGGGACUCUCUUGAUGGCUGGGAUGUUAUAUAAUAGACAGUUAAUUAAGCUUUGAAUUGUAAGAUAUUGACGUUAUUACAUCACAGAUACCCAAGAAU